AUCUACGAUACCAGUCGAUGAGCGAUAGUCUACACCGGUCAAUCAUCGACACAAUGAGAGUGUUACCGAAGAACAAGCUCUUCGCGAAGACUCAAACCAUUCCUGGAUAUGGUCACUUCUUGACGCCGUUGAGAAAAUUGAUCUUGGAUUACAGCGAUUGGUCACCGGUACAUGACGGAUUAAGAUCAUAUCUCAAGGGUCCUUUUGUCAAGGUUGCACAAGCCAACCCAGAUGUCGAAUUCGUAGUCAGGAUGGUCCAUCGUAACGGGAACGGAUUGCUGAGAGGCCACUAUGUCAAUGGGAGAGACAAGGUCAUUUGUGUGAACAAGUUGACUCAAUCAGAAGUUGCAAAGAAGGUCGACAUCCUACUCAAUGCUUCUGGCCUGCAAAUCAGAUCAAUGAAGAACCUUCAACUUCAACAUGCUCCUGGAGCCGAAUCAGCUCGAGGUAUUUGGAGUUCGUUGCAUGCUGCCAAGGGGUCCGCUGGUGCAUUCAAGAUAUAGAUUGUGUCGGACAGUUAUUAGGGCAAAGACAAGCAGGAUAUAGCCCGAUUUCCUGUCUGUCAAAAGGCUGCAGAGGAAGAGCAUGGGAGUCAUGGACAUGGUCCGAGAUGGAGAUAUCAUCAGAGCAUUUACGAUCGACAGGAUGGCAAGUGGCAA